AGCAAAACUUCAGUAUUGCCUAUUGUUAUUUAGUAGAAGAGCUUAAAUUCCUGUGUUUGCGCCUUUUUUUUUCCAGCUUCGAAUGGCAGCUAAUAAGAACAAAGGAGCAAAAUCGAAGAACCCACCUCCAAAAAAGAAGCAAAGAAGCCAUCUCUUCGAUGGCAAAAAACGAGGCACCAAAAAAGAUGAGGUCUUUGAUGAUGUUUCUGAUUACCAGAGUGAAGAAGAUCAAUUAGAAGCAGUAGAGGAUUUAUUGGAUGGGGUUGGAGAAAUGUCUGAUUUUGGUGAUGCUUCUGAUACUUCGGACGACGACGACGACGAUGCUCCCUUGGCUGAUGAUUUCCUACAAGGAGGUGAUGAUGGUGAAGAAAGAGAUUCAGGUUCUACAUCAGGUUCCGAUUCUGAUGAAUCUGAUAUUGAGGAGAAGUCAAGGGCUAUUGAUGAACAAAGGGCAAGGGAAGAAGAAGAUGCACAAGCAGAAAUGUAAAUGAACAUUAAAGAAGAGUCUGAUGAGUUUAGAUUGCCAACAAAAGAGGAACUCGAAGCCGAGCAACAACGUCCGCCUGAUCUUGCCAAUCUUCAGAUGAGAAUAAAAGAUAUUGUUCGAGUGCUUUCAAAUUUUAAGGAUUUGAAGCUAGAGGGAGCUGCAAGGAAGGAGUAUAUUGACCAACUUAAAAAGGAUUUAGGUUCAUACUAUGGCUACAAUGAUUUCCUGAUAGGGGUUUUGGUGGAUAUGUUUCCAGUUGUUGAACUCAUGGAGCUUAUUGAAUCUUUUGAAAAGCCUCGACCUACAUGUAUUAGGACAAACACAUUAAGGACUCGCAGGAGGGAUCUGGCUGAUACUCUCUCCAAAAGAGGAGUAGAACUUGACCAAUUAAGCAAGUGGUCAAAAGUUGGAUUGGUGGUGUAUAAUUCACAUGUGCCCAUUGGUGCCACUCCUGAGUAUUUGGCUGGCUUUUACUAUAUACAAGGUGCAAGCUCUUUUUUGCCAGUUAUGGCUCUUGCUCCUCAGGAAAAGGAACGAGUAGUUGAUAUGGCAGCUGCACCUGGUGGUAAAACAACAUAUGUUGCUGCUCUCAUGAAAAAUAGUGGAUUAAUUUUUGCAAAUGAGAUAAGGGAAGCAAGACUGAAGUCACUUACCGCAAAUUUGCAUCGCAUGGGGGUAACAAACACAAUUGUUUGCAACUACGAUGGGAGGGAGCUUCCCAAGGUUUUGGGUCACAAUUCAAUUGACAGAGUAUUGUUGGAUGCCCCUUGUAGUGGUACAGGAGUUAUUACAAAGGAUCCAUCUGUUAAAACCUCUAAAAGUUUAGACGACAUACAAAAAUGUGCCCAUUUGCAGAAGCAAUUGAUACUGGCUGCUAUCGAUAUGGUCGAUGCGAAUUCCAAAUCUGGUGGAUACAUUGUUUACUCAACAUGCUCCAUGAUGGUUCCAGAGAAUGAAGCAGUCAUUGACUAUGCACUCAAGAGGAGAGAUGUCAAAGUUGUACCUUGUGGACUCGACUUUGGGUGUCCAGGAUAUAUUCGGUUUAGGGAGCAUCGGUUUCAUAAAUCUUUGGAAAACACAAGGCGAUUUUAUCCUCAUGUUCACAAUAUGGAUGGAUUUUUUGUGGCAAAGUUGAAGAAAAUGAGCAAUACAAAGAAAAAUCCUGUAGAUUCUGAUGGUUCCGAAACAGUAGAACAAACUCAGAGGCCAGAGGAGAUCCAUAGUGAUGAGGACAACGUGAAAGAGCCUGAGCAACCGUUGAAGAAACAAAGCACAAAAGGGAAGAAGAGCUCAAAGAAGAAUGGCUUACCUGCAAAUGGAAAGGUUGAAUCACCGUCUACAUUGAAAAACAAGGAAAGAAGCGAAAAUGGAAAGGUAGAAUCGCCUGUAACAUCUAAAAAGAGGAAAAGAAAAUUUCCUUCUAAAGAGGAAAUAUCAAAAACGAGGGAAGAGAAGAGAAAGGCAAUGAGGGAGAAAAAGAAGCAACCAAGGGAAGAUAAGAGUUGAAAACGAUUCUUUUGAAAAUUUGCACUUUGCAAAUGCAGUGAUAUGAUAACUGUAUGACUGCAUAAAUCUUUGUUCACUAUUUAAUUAAAAUUUUGUUUUAAAUUUCCCCUUUAUCAAAAUUGUGUCUUUU